AUGAUGUUUCUCACUCAACUCGUAUCAGCGCUGUUUCUCUUCUUUCUUGGCCCUAUCUCCUAUGGAAAACCAGUCGAGACUUUUGUCCUCCCCCUAGCUCAGGAUGCUCCUAUUCCGCCCUCCGAAGACCCCUUUUACCAGCCUCCCCCAGGAUAUGAAGAAACCGAACCGGGAACAGUUUUGAGACAACGCAGACCUCCUUUUCCUAUUUCGUUAUUCCGGUCUGCUCCGAUCGACCUAGCUGCAACCUAUCAGGUCCUUUAUCGUUCAUCCGAUACUUUUGGACAACCAACCGCCACCGUUUCGACCAUCCUUAUUCCUCACAAUGCAAACAUGUCAAAAGUCCUAUCCUACCAAGUUGUUGAAGACGCAGCUUUCAUCAACUGUGCCCCUUCGUAUGCUCUUCAGCUCCAUUCAGACCCAGGAGGCCUCUUUGGAACGAUCAUCAUACAAUCCGAGCUACUCCUCAUAACUGCGGCCCUUGAGAACGGGUGGGUUGUCACUAUACCGGACUAUGAAGGACCCGCAGCUGCCUUCUUAGCUUAUUGGCGUGCAGGUUACGCAACACUAGAUGGCAUUAGAGCUACUCUUGCUUCUUCUGGGUUUACAGGUGUGGACCCAGAUGCAGCGGUAGGCUUGUGGGGUACAUCUGGAGGGAGCGUUGCGAGCGCUUUUGCUGCAGAUUUGCACCCCAAAUACGCGCCAGAGUUGAAUAUUGUUGGGGCAGCGCUAGGCGGUGUUGUUCCAAGCAUUACUACGGCUUUGCAUAGUCUCAACAAAGGGUUUGACGCCGGGAUAAUCGUCUCUGGUGUUAUUGGGCUUUCAAAAGAAUACACCUAUAUGCAACCCAUCCUAGAGUCCUACCUUGUGCCUCAUCUACGGGACAAAUUCAUGAGUGCUGGUAAAAAAUGCUCGGGAGCAGUCUCUUUGGAUUUUAGAAUGGAAGAUAUAUUCAGUUACUUUAAGGGAGGGGAGGAGUCUGGUUUAUUUGCUGAUCCCAGAGUGAAGGCGAUUUUAGAUCAUAAUGCCAUGCCGCAAGGAGUACCAGAGAUUCCUAUUCUCAUUCUCAAGUCGGUAAAUGACGAGAUCAGUCCGAUAUCCGAUACUGAUGCCCUGGUAGAGAAGUAUUGCUCCAACGGGGUCACUAUCGACUAUAAACGGGACCUGCUAUCUGUACAUACCAUCCUAGCUGUCACUGGCGCUCCCGAGGCAGUGCUCUGGCUCAGGGACCGUCUUGAUGGAAUAACUGUUGAGAAAGGAUGCAAGACCUCUACCAUCUUUAUGACACUGCUCCAACCGGGAGCCCUGGAAGUCAUGUCCAAGACUAUCAUUGAUAACUUGUUGAAUCUCUUGGGGAAGCCCGUUGGACCAAGGUUGAGAACUGAAAUUGUACAUGUUCCUCCUCUUUAA